AUGAGAAUCAGUAGCCAACUGGCUUGCGCUUUUGCCUUCUUUUUGGUUGCCUACAUUAGUAUGCGCUGCGUAUAUAAUAUGUUUUUUCAUCCUCUUCGCAAAAUUCCCGGUCCAUGGAUGGCUGCUACGACGCCUCUCCCUGAUUUUUGGCAUGAUGCUGUAAGGAGAGGAAAUUACAUUUGGGAGAUUCAAAAAAUGCAUAGGAAAUACGGCCCUAUCGUACGCAUCAACCCGAAUGAAGUCCACAUCGAUGACCCUUCAUAUUAUGAUAACAUCUAUGUUGGAGGAAGUCACAAAAUUGAAAAAGAUCCCUCCACCGUUGCAGGAUUUGGUGUCCCCGCUUCUGUAGCCGCAACUAUACCCCAUUCAUUGCAUCGCUCCCGACGCAGCUACAUGAAUCUGUACUUCUCGAAAAGGUCUAUCACAGCUAUGGAGCCUCUUCUCCACGAGCGAAUUUCUGCGCUCCUAGGUCGGCUCGAUAGCGCUCUUCGCGAGGAAAAGAGAAUCUCUCUUGACAAAGCUUUUUCCGCCAUGACAGCCGACAUCAUCACACAGCGCUUUUUCGGCUACCAUCACGACUACAUCAGUGUACCUGACCUAGUAUUCCCCAUCAGAGAAGCUUUACGGGGCGCAUCAGAGAUCUUUCACUGGACUCGCUUCAUACCAUGGGCCACCAGAUACCUAAAGAUGUUGCCUCUUUCUGUCAUCCGUUUCAUCUUUCCACCCCUUGCUACUUUGCUGGAAUUGCAAAAAGAAAUUAAGAAGAAGAUCAUCGAGACGUGUGAAACCAAGGAUGAGGAGAAGCAGAAAUCUGUCAUCAUGCAAGCAUUAAGUAAUGAGUCGAUUCCGAAGUCUGAGCGUACGAUGCAACGCCUAUUGGACGAAGGUCAGGUGAUCAUCUUCGCCGGAACUGAAACCUCAUCGCGCGCCCUCUCUGUCGGCAUGUUCUAUCUCCUUUCUGACAAGUCGAUGAUUGGAAAACUACGCGCUGAACUGUCACAAGUCGCUCAUAUUCCUGAGAUGGAGUUAGCGGCUGCGAACCUUAAGCCUUUACCUUACCUCACGGGUGUGGUGAAAGAGUCAAUCCGACUUUCAUACGGCCCACUCGCCCGCCUCCCCCGUGUUUUCGUCGAUGAAACACUGCAGUACAGCAAGUACUCGAUCCCUCCAGGUACGCCUGUGAGCCAGUCCACAUACUUUGUGCACAAUAACCCAGAGAUAUUCCCAAACCCCCUCAAAUUUGCGCCAGAGCGCUGGGUUGAAGCGGCAGAACAGGGAAUCCCUCUCAACAAAUGGUUAACCAGUUUCACUAAAGGCUCGCGUCAGUGUCUGGGCAUUGGAUUGGCGCAUGCGGAAUUGUAUCUCACGUUCGCUCGUGUGAUUCGCAACUUUGACAUGGAUCUUAGAAACACGACUGCGGACGACGUUUCGAUCGGUAGUGUGCUCAUUAUGGGACAGCCUAAAACGAAUAAGAAUAGAAGCCCGGGUCAGGGUGAGGUUGAAGUCAUGAUCACUCGAAAGCUCGAGGGUUUAUGUUAG